AUGAUUGUAGUGGCGAGGGUUAUUAUUGAUAGGAAUACUGGGAGGUCUAGGGGAUUCGGUUUUGUCAACUUCUCCAGCGAUGACUCUGCUAGCUCGGCACUAUCUGCAAUGGAUGGCCAGGAUUUACAAGGGCGUCAUAUUCGUGUGAGUUAUGCUACUGAGCGGUCCGAAUCUAGUGGUAGAUCCUUUGGUGGCGGUGGUGGCGGAGGUUAUCGUGGUGGUGGUGGUGGUUUUGGUGGAGGCCGGGGUGGGGAUUUUGACUUUUAAGUAUGCAUUCCCUUGCUGUCCAUUUAGGCUUCUUGCUUCAUUAGUUGUUUAGAAUUAAGUUGCAUGAUUUGUCUCUUUUUAAUUUGCUCUUCGUACUACAUUUUUCAGUGAUUGCUCUAAUAUAUGAAGCAAUUUGU